UUGAACUGAGCGGAGGUGAAGAAGAGGAGGAUGAAGCUGGGAGCGGAGGAUGGGAGGAAGAGUGGAGUAAGAGACAGGCUAGCUGUGUGUGAAUGUGUGAGUGAGUGAGGAAGAGGAGAGGAAGGUCGUCUGAGGGACCGAAAACAAAGACUUCAAUUUUUGGGGGAUAACCUCCGGAAAAUUACUAACGGAAACUUUCAACUUUUUACCCGCCACAUCUCGGCUUGUUGUGCCCGGAGCCGGCUUUGUUUCACGGCGGGGGUGUCUACGAUAAAUGAAGGAAUAAAAUAGAUCACAAUCGACCUUUUUCUACCCAAGCGGGGAAUACCCUGGGACUGUUUUUGAUAAAGGUUACGAGAGAAUGGCGGCUAACAUGUACCGAGUGGGAGAUUAUGUGUACUUUGAGAACUCCUCCAGCAACCCUUACCUGAUCCGCAGAAUAGAAGAGCUCAACAAGACAGCCAAUGGGAAUGUGGAGGCAAAGGUGGUGUGUCUGUUCAGGAGGCGAGACAUCUCGGGCAACCUCAACACUCUGGCUGACAGCAAUGCAAGAGAAUUCGAGGAGGAGUCGAAGCAGCCGGUCCUGGCUGAACAACAGAAACACCAGCUCAAACACAGAGAACUCUUCCUGUCUCGACAGUUCGAAUCUCUUCCUGCGACUCACAUACGGGGGAAAUGUAAUGUCACCCUCCUCAAUGAAACAGACGUCUUGGCGGGCUACCUGGAGAAGGAGGACUGUUUCUUCUACUCGCUGGUGUUCGACCCGGUCCAGAAGACCUUGCUGGCGGACCAGGGCGAGAUCCGUGUGGGCUCCAAGUACCAGGCAGAGAUCCCUGACAAGCUAGCUGAGGGUGAAUCAGAUAACCGGGUCCACGAGAAACUGGAGACCAAGGUGUGGGACCCCAACAACCAGCUCAAAGACCCUCAGAUCGACCAGUUUCUUGUGGUGGCAAGAGCUGUGGGGACAUUUGCUCGGGCCCUGGACUGCAGCAGCUCCAUCCGUCAGCCCAGUCUCCACAUGAGUGCAGCCGCAGCCUCCAGAGACAUCACACUGUUCCACGCUAUGGACACGUUGCAGAAGAACAACUAUGACCUGGCCAAGGCCAUGUCCACCCUGGUCCCUCAGGGGGGUCCCGUGCUGUGCCGUGACGAGAUGGAGGAGUGGAGCGCCUCGGAGGCCAUGCUAUUCGAAGAGGCUCUAGAGAAAUACGGCAAAGACUUCAACGACAUUCGCCAAGACUUCUUACCCUGGAAGUCUCUAGCCAGCGUGGUCCAGUUCUACUACAUGUGGAAGACCACCGACCGCUACAUCCAACAGAAACGACUAAAAGCAGCAGAGGCAGACAGCAAACUGAAGCAGGUGUACAUCCCCACCUACACCAAACCCAACCCCAACCAGAUCAUGGUUCCUGGCACUAAGCCUGGGAUGAACGGGGCAGCAGGUUUUCAGAAAGGACUGAGCUGUGAGAGCUGCCACACGGCCCAGUCUCCUCAGUGGUACGCCUGGGGGCCUCCCAACAUGCAGUGCAGACUGUGCGCCUCCUGCUGGAUCUACUGGAAGAAGUAUGGAGGCCUGAAGACCCCCACACAGCUGGAGGGCGCUGCCAGAGGAGGCUCAGAGUCAGGCCCCCGCGGUCACAUGACACGCCAGGAGGUGCAGGGCAUGUCGCCGUUCACCCGCAACGAGGGUCGAGCGAAGCUGCUGGCCAAAAACCGUCAGACGUUCAUCCUGCAGACCACCAAGCUGACCCGCAUCGCCCGGCGGGUCUGUGAGGACAUCCUGCAGCCUCGCCGUGCGGCACGACGACCCUACGCCUCCAUCAACGCCAACGCCGUCAAGGCUGAGUGUAUGAUCCGUCUGCCCAAAGCCACAAAAACUCCUCUGAAGAGCAAAGUGGUGCCUCGACAGUCACUGGCCGCCAUUGUGAAGGAUUUAGCCAUCUCUGCUCCUCUGAAACUGAAGGCAUCCAGAGGACCCCCAACCCCCAUCAACAGGAACCAGGCCAGCCAGCCCCGAGUGGGCCAGAGCCUGCUGGGAAAGAGAGGCUUUGACAGCGCUUCAGGGGUGCCCUACCCAGCCAAUGGGAGGCCGUACACCUCAGGUAUGAGAACCACUUCCCAGUCGGUCAUCAAGCGGCAGAAGGUGAGCCAGGGCGAGGCUCCCAACCCCGUGGUGUUUGUGGCUACGAAGGACACCAGGGCUCUGAGGAAACAUCUGACCCAGUCAGAGAUGCGCCGGGCGGCAAGGAAACCUCACCUCCUGGUCAGGAUCAAGCUGCCGCCUCCCCCCCGCUCCCUGGCCAUGCCCCUGCUCCCAUCCAGCACCAGCGAACCCAUCGUCCUGGAGGACUGAAGGGGAGGAUGAU